CUGUUCCUCUUCCCUUAGCCCGAUGUGUUUCUGUACGCCAUGAGAAGAGGGGAAGGCCUGCAGGUCUGCUCAACUUUUACUUUGCAUCUCACCUGGAGGAGGCCAGCAAUGCCUCAGCAAGCCUUGCUGCUGUCCCCGAGUAUAAACCCCUCUUUGUCGGGGGGAGGCUGAUCUGCCUGAGCCGCAUGAUCAGCAUCAGCUGACAGCGCUGGGCACGGACCGGGGCGGGAUAAGCAGUUAACUGUGGGAGAUCAGCUGCUGGGCCUGCCCCUUGACCAGCUCCGUUGUUCCUCGGGGGAAAAAUGAGCGCCUGGCCCUCUCCUCUGCUCUGGAGCUUGGCCACGGCGUGUCUGACAGGUAUUACUUUAGGCCAGCUGACCACUACCCAAGUCCCUACUGCAUCAACCCCGGUGCCUCCCAGUGCCACCACGACCCAUGCCUCCACACCCCCAGCUCCUGGUGGUGUGACCACCACCACAUACCUCGUCACGGCCACAGCUGUGCCAUCGGCAGACCCUGGAACAACAAUGCUCGCUCCGGCCCUGCCCACCACCCUGCCGGUGACCACGCUCACCUCUGGGAUCGUGACCACCUCUCACGCAUCCACCAGUGCCUCGGCCACCCCUCCAGAUGUCACCACGUCUCCUGGAGAUCCACCAACAGCUCCGUCCCUCACCACCUCUGUGCCCUCCAACUGCAGCAAAGUGAACGUGACGGCAUGUGCCCCUUGCUCCCCAGGGACAUUUCCCAGCGAUGAUGCCUGGAGCUGCUCGUGCUGCACAGGGGGCUCGUGCACGGACGCUGGUGCCUGCGUUCCCUGCCCGGUGGGGCACUACCAGCCCGCGUGGGGACAGCAGAGGUGCCUGCCGUGUCCGCGGGGACACUACGCCAACGCCACGAGGAGCACCGCGUGCUCGCCCUGCCCGCCCGGACAUUACGCGAACGAGUCUGGGGCCGCAGCCUGCAGAGCGUGCCAGAAAGGUUAUUUUAGCUCCCAGCAAAAUGCAGCUUUUUGUCUGCCUUGCCUGCCUGGAUCGUUUUGCAACACCUCCAGCUGCACGGCAUGUCUGGCCUGUCCCGGUGGGCACGAGGCUCUGCGCGAGGCAGCCGAGGCGUGCGUGCCGUGCCAUGCAGGUAUGUUCAAAGGUCUCGGUGACACCACGUGCAAGCUCUGCGAGCCAGGAGAAUACCAAUUGCUGCAGGGCCAGGAGAGCUGUGACCUGUGCCCAGAGAACCACUACUGCCCCAGCCCAGACGUGAAACCAACCAAGUGCCCUCCUGAUGCCUUCUGCCCCACGGGCAGCACAGAGCCGCAGUACUGCAUGGAGGCCUUCCUCUACAAGGUGGGCAGCUCCUGCCAGCUGGCGCCGCUGGCCAUCAUCCUCCUGGCCCUUCUCUCAGCAGGUGGAAUCUUUACCAUCUUUGUGAUAAUACUGAAAAGAAGGCACGAAUCUAGCAAGAACUCUUUGAAGUCCCUGCUGCUACCAAGAAAAUCGGGGUGGCACACAACGUACGGCGUGAUGGAGCACACAGAGCCAGUGUAUGCUGGCUGGUAGCAGAGGAAUUGCUAACGGCAAGCAUGUGUGUGCAUAUGUGAAAAUGUUUAACAAUCACCAACCCAUUUCUAUAUAGCCAAAAUAAGUGCAGAGAAAUACAAAUCGAAUAAUUUUCACCUGUGGCUACUUGUGCUAAUCAAUUCAGCUGAGUGAUAUUUGAAAACAGGCUGAACAGCACAAGUGUCCCCCUUCACUUACAAAUAAAGUUUUCUCCUUUUCUUUAGAGGGGAAAAAAAACAAACUUCCCCUUUCAGCAGUCAGCUCAACAACCUGAGCAAAGACUGACUGCUCCAGUUAUCAAGGUUUCCACAGCACAAUUGUUUCCACCUAAGUAGGAACUAAGAUGAAUGUAUUCCUUUAAAGAAUAUGCACAUGUAUUUACUUAUUUACCUUUCUCAAAACUUUACCAUUACUUUAAGGAAGGACAAAAUAAGGAAAAAGAUCCCAAAGCUUUCCCCUUCCUCUCAGCUGUGGGAAAACACAUGCAACAGGCCUAAUGGUUGAUUCCUGGACAAAUACACCCCUUCUGUUUCCUGCUGCAGUUUCUAAUGCAGCGCUUCAUCCUACAGAAGCAAUGACAAACUUUGGGCAAACCUCGCAGAAAUUUUCUUUCUUAGCCAAGCCACACAGGUAAGACAUGAAACUGCACGAAGUCCUUUGGGGUGCAGCUCCUGACGCCAAACUGUCUCUGGUGCAGGCAGCCCAAGUGACCAUCCCGGCCGGCUACACAGAUGUGAUUUGUAUUUUACAGCAACAAUUUAAAGUCUUGUAGGUGUUGUGUGGCUGGCUACCUCUUCUCUUUUUAAAACUGGUGUCUGCUGUAUUUUCCCUAUUAUGUUCUUUCUCAUUACGUUUUCCGUUCUGCACCUUGUCCUCAUUGCCAUUUGAUCUCUGCAGCCUAGCAGGCAGUCAGAAACGCCCAUCAGCUGUAAUGGGGUCAGCUUCAACAGCUCCCUUCUCCCUUGUUGCCUCCCUUCUCCUAGAGUGAAAUUCAUUCACAGACCAGGUGCACUGCAAAACCCCGCACCGAACAGCCAGCUGUGACGUGCCGUGCUUCAUCAGCUCUGAGAGCCCCAGUAAAAGCAGUACUUACUAUUAAAAGAGCUAGGCUUUGAAAUGAGUGUGCGUGGAGGUGGCAGCAGGUGUUACUUCUCACUUCAGUCUUUUCCCUGGGCUAAGGCAGCAGCAGUCAGCUGAAGGAACGCAGCUGGCAGGGGGUUAAGUGGUUGCUGCCCUCCCCUGCUCAUUCUCCUCACCCCAGGGGAGGUUCCUGUGCUUUUUAAUAAAAAGGAAAAAAAAAAAAAUCACUUCUCUGCUCUCUUUUGGCUAUGUCAGAUGAAUAAAUGAACUGGAAGAGAGGUGUCAUUCCUUGUGGGCAGCAGGAAUGCAGACAGUAACCCUGCCACCUGGAUCAGUAGCAGCAGGGACAGUAUCUCUAAACCAUAUGUCAAGCUUAAUCCCAUCCCACCUUGUUAUCCUUCCCCUGAGGAUUGCCCAAGCCCCUUUCUGCCCUAGAACCAUCCCUCAACCUCAUUUUUGUCCACCUGCUCCCAAGACCCAUUUCUCAAUGAAGAGAGAGAAGUGGUUACUCUUGGUUACCUCCUGUCUUCACUCUUCAGCCCCUUCUCCCGCUCUCUUCCUCACUCCCAGCUACUUGCUUGAAAUCCGAUGUCCCUUAGGGCUUCCCCAGCUCUAGGAAAUGGCAGCAGUGACCACCUGGGGACAGGAUGGGGUCUCCUCCUCCUGGCUUAUGUGCUGUGGUCCACAGGGGCUGUGGGAAAUGAUGCCUACAACCCUCUUCUGUUCUCCAGCCCCAAGAGCUUGGGGAUGGGGUGUGCAUGGCCAUCAGGGCUUUCCCCAGGAGCAACAAAAGGGUGCAGAUGUGAUAGCAUAGUACCAGGUUAUCUCAGCAGAACAGUAAUCCAAAGCACAUUUUUUGGUGUGUUCCUAAAGACAGACAGCUGCUGGCACACACGGAGAUUUCACCCACAAGGCAAACCAGACCCAAACUAAAGUCUGGCUGAAAAGGAAAAGCGUAGUUGAAUUCAAACCUGGCCCAACAGGACAGCAGCAGUGACAGCCAGCUGAGCCCAGACCUGGUGGGACUGUGUGACUGCAGCUCGAGAUAGUGCAAGUCUCCAAAAUUAGGAGCAACAGAAAACAGCACUGUAACAGGAAAAACUGGACUGCAAAAAGUGUCAAUAUUUAUAUGAUAAGCGAUGCCGUGGAAACAAGCCAAAGCACAAUCAUCACCAGUUCCACAUAAGCUUUAAGUAUUAUUUCCAGCGAGUCUCUUAGGAAAUCCUGGAGUGCAACUAACUUAUCACUAUGAAAGAAGAACAUCCAGUUCUCUCACUGCCAAACCAUACUUGCAGAUCGUAUACUUGACUAAAAAUAAUUAAAAAAAUUUUAAAAAGCUGCGAAAACUUUUUUUCCCCAAAAAAGAAUUAGCAAUAUCUCUUAAAUAACUAAGAAUAAAUUUUAAUAUUUAAUAAGACACUGAAGUUUCUCAAGCAGUCAGACAUGGAAUAAUGUGACUCAACAAUGUGGAAAAAUUGCAUUAAUAUGUCUCUCAAGGUAUUCUGCUUCUCAAAGUAAUUCAAAUUAAAAAAGCCCCUAAAAAUUAACCAUAAACACAAAGCUACAGAACAAAACAGACAUUUAAUUUGAUUAUUCUUCCUAGACUGUAAGCAAAUUCAUCUAACAUAUUCAAAAGAAAAUUGUUUCCAUGCUUGCUCACGUGAUGAAGGAACAACAAAUUUUGAAUUUGCCUAUUACAUACCAGCUUUGACAAGUCUGCUGGAAAAGGAAAGACAUCUUUCUAUUUCUAUGGGUAAGACAAAUUACAUAAUUUAAUGCCACAUAAUAUACCAUACUUAGGUGUUAUUUAGAUGAAUUUAUAGCAGGAAAUCUUUAAGCUGUUGAUGCUAAGAAGUAUUGAGUUGCAUCAUGAGAAAGCUCAAUUUUUCUAAGAUUGUAUUUGAACAGUGGGAAAAGGAAAAUAGUGAAACAACUUUUCUUUUGCCGUCUGUUUAAAACAAUACUUCAGUCUCUUCUCCCAGUGCUGCGGAGUAAGGUAUAGAAGCCUUCAUUAAAAAACACCCUUCCUGAAUCAGACGCUAAAAUUCUCCCAGAUCACCUUCUGAGUGACCGAGCUGAGCUCGUAGGGUCAGUACAUAUCAAGGAAGAACAUGGUCCACAUUUCUUUUAAAGAUCAAUCUCCGAAGUAUGUAAUCAGCAGAAGGAACAAAGUCCUAGUAACUCAAAAGCAAACCUCUAGUUUGGAGUCUUUUUGUCUGCGGUGCAAGCCUUCAUUGGCCCAAGGAGCUUAGUAACAAAGAGUAGAGAAGAGGUAGAAGGAAGCAGAAAGUCAAACAGCCACUCGCUAAGAUCUGUUUGUGUAAAUUUAACAUUAUGAAAGGAAUGCUGAGAGCGAUUGCUUUGAACACUGACGUCUUUAUUUACCCACAGACAGAUACAAAAUGGGUGGCUGUACUGCAUCCUGCCGUACUAAAUGUGCUUGUGACCCCACCUGCACGGAAGGCGGGGAGUUGUAGGCUCCGCGACCGAUCUGAAAACUGAUGGUGUUUCUGCAACAGUGCCAAUCAAUAACUAUUUGAGCUGAUGGCUUCUGGAAGUGGGUAUCUGCCUAUUAGGACUUUGGGCAUAACUGUUCCAGGGUGCCAGAGCUGUUAUACCUAUGUAUGAAGAGAAAAAGCAAUAAAACGACUAAAAAUUUAACAAAUUAUAAAAGCAGUGGAAUGUAAAGGUAAGAUUUUAUAAUAACUUAUUUAAAGGUAUUCUUAUAAAGCCUUCCUUACAUGGUAUAGUAUUCAAACAAAUAAUGGUCCCAAUGACAUAAAAUUCCUUCAUUUUGUUUAAAAGUGAUGAGGAAAAUCUUUCUACUUUACUACCUGAUUUCACUUUCCUCCCCUCAAAAAGCAAUAGCAAUGUACAUUACACAAUUUUUUGGUUUUGAUUUUAAGCACAGGCCUAUGCUUCAGUCUCGGUAUUACAAAUAUCUAUAGCAGAGGAAAAGUUUCCUCUCAAACUCAAUUAAGAAAUCUUCAUUUUCUUCCUUGAGUGCAAGGCUUGGUAUACCAGUUUUAGAAUACAAAUAUGUAACACUUUCCCCCUACUUCGAACUGUGCUAUUUUUCUCAUAAUUACUUGGGGAAAAUAAAAACCAACAUCUUCCAACAGUGUUUAUACAAUGGAUUAAAAGAACAAAGCAGUUGUUUGGUUACAAAAUAGAAAUUAAAAGAGUUCAGGACAGGGCAAAGCUACAUUUAAAACCUGUUUCAGUUAAUAUCUCCUAAUAAAAACCAAAGUUUUAAGUGUUGGGAACAAAUGGGGAUUUCAGUUAAUUUCAACUAAAUCUGCAGUCAAAUCCUGAAAAAAUACGUUUGGAAAGAAACAUACACUUUUAAGAUAUAGCAAGGCUUCAAUUUCAAAAGGGCUACACAGAGUUUCUGCACUAGUAAAGGCAAACUAAGCUAGAACAUACACAAAUCCUAAAUGGACAUGAAGGCGCACAUUGUGUUUACAUAGGCUAGAUAACAAUGGCACAAGUCAAAACUUACUUGUAACGCUGCCUAAUCACACACCAAUGACAUGCACUGGGAAGUAAACAGGUAAAGACAUUUUUCUCUACCAUUUUUUCCUAGUUCUAACAUUAUUUCCAUUAAAACUAAAUCUUGUGUAUUCAUCUCACUGCACUGUGAGAACCUACCGGGAGCAAAGCAUUCAAAACAGCUUUGCUGACAAAACACAGUGGCGAUAAGACAGUCAAGAGCAGAGCUCCUAAAAAAAGUAAGGAAUGAUUU